AUGAGGACGACAACGGCUGAGACGGAGAACAUGUUGCCGUACCGUUACCCUCCGGUGAGUGUGCUGGUCGCUGAACGCCCGCGGCACAACUGCCAAUGCCGCCUGCCUGCGCAGUUCCACUGUGCCAGCUUGCGUUCUCUCACGGGAGCUAUUUUCGCCUUUGGCAGCCGCCUCGCCGUGAAGUCACGGCGCUGGCCCGCGAUCGAUGCGCGAAGCAAGAAAGCAGACGAGGCCUCCAACUGGUCCGAUCCCAGCAAGAAGCUUCGCGAAGUUGCUGACACGGAGCAGGGGCUCAUGCUGGAGGACUGCACAGCGAGGGUGUCCUUGGACGAAAUGCGCCCGCAUCGGAUGUAUGGGCUCGUCGAUGGUUGGGCUGCGCGAUCGUGGACACGGGACCUCCUGGUAGAACAGUUUGGGCACUUGGAGUUCCGAGUGCGGCCUUGCGAGACGCUCAACCAAUAUGGAUACGCUGGACCAUCCGAGUGCUACGUUUCCUUGGAGGAAUACUUGUCUCCGGAGUUUGGCGGCAGGUCCGUCGUUUUCGAGAACGACUUCGAGAGUAACCGGCACCAGCUUCUGGAAAGUUUCGAUGUGCCACCACUGCUGGCGAGUGUCCAUGGCGCUCCUAUCCUCAGCAUCGGCCGCCAAGACACGGGCAUCGGAUUCCACAGGCACAGCGCGGCCUGGCUGGCACAGCUAUUAGGUCGCAAGCUUUGGCUCUUGCUCCCAGGUGGGAAGCGGCCCCCGGCCAGAGCUCCAUGGCAGUACCUGCUGCACCGUCCGCCAGGGCUGGUGAUUUGCGUGGCCCAGCCGGGUGAGGUGGUCUUCGUGCCUGCAGGAUGGUGGCAUGCCACUUGGAAUUUGGACGACGUCAGUGUCGCAGCCGGCUGGGAGGUAGCUCAGCUCCAUCAACUCAUGGCUUCGCAGACGGUGACCAAGCCACUCGUGGUACUCGCUGCGAGAACCGGCAGACUCCACGUCCUCAAGCUCCUGAUGGACCAGGCUCGCGGCCGGGAGGUGCUUGAGGCACAUGCAGCCUCCGCAGCAAUCGCCGCCGCCAGGACUUCCCGUGGUUUUUAG